CCACUUUUUUUUCUCCUCUUUUGUUUUAUAAAUUAAUGACGAAAGAUUAUCACACUUCAACAUUUGAGGCAGAGGUACUUGAUAAUACAUUACUCUCGAUACCCGAUGUGUAUACCGAUUAUAUUCACCCACAAUUAAUCUUGGUUUUACAUUAUUUGGUAACAAUAUGUUCUUAUUGUCUCUAUGCAUUGGUCAAGAUCAUAUAUGUGGCGGUACUUACCAUUCUUUGGCCGGUGUAUCUUAUAUGUUCGUUUUUUAUUUUAAGGCCGUUAUAUUAUUUUUAUCAUCUCUGUCAAUUAUUGUAUCCAGUGGCCAUCUAUCUUGGUGUGGCUGUGAUUUGUGGUAUUAUUAUUGGUGGUUGUGCUGGAUUCACUGCCGAAGCGCUUUCUUCCAUCAUUCUCAAUGCUACUUGGGGUCCAUCAACAACAACAACAACAACAACUGUGGAUAAAGUUUAUCUCGAUACAAAUGAUAUGGAUGAUUUGACAGAUGAUGGGAAUAGUUUUGAGGAUUGGAAUGAUUUGUAUAAUGAUAUUACACAACAAGAAGAAGAAACUAUGUCUUGGAAAAAAGAGGAAACUGAUGAUGAUGAUGAUGAUCACCCGAAAAAGGGAAAACAAGCAAUGCUCCGGCGACCUUCCAUGAACACCAACAAGAAUAGUAUCAAAUACAGACCUAUCAAGAUAAAACAAUCAUACGACUCUGAAUGAAAUCAAGUUAAUAGUUGGUUUAUUUGUUUAUUCUUUUUUGUACAUAUGUUUCUUUAUUUUGACCUUCAAUAAAAUAAGGAUGAUGAUGAUGUUGGACUUGAUUGAGUUUUUAUUCCUAACUAUCGGUUCAAAGCACUUU